AUGGCUGAUUUGAACAGUAAAACGUCGUCUCCUGGUGAUAACGUCACACCCUGCGACGGAGACAACGUGGAAGAUGAAGUCAACAAACAAGACUUUUUAAGCCUUGCGGAAGAUAAAAAUGGAGGAGAGCAAAGUUUGGUGUCUGCUUUUAAGCAAAUUAAGCUGGAGAAAGAAGCGCAGAAGAAUUGGGACUUGUUCUACAAAAGGAAUACUACCAAUUUUUUCAAGGAUAGACACUGGACUAGCAGGGAGUUCGAGGAGCUCAAGACGUGUAGACAGUGUGAGUCGCAGAGGUUGGUACUGCUUGAGGCUGGAUGCGGCGUCGGGAAUUGCAUCUUCCCCCUCCUGGAGGACGAGCGCGACAUCUUUGUCUACGCCUGCGACUUCUCACCCAGAGCUGUCGACUUUGUCAAAAAAAAUCCCCUUUGUUCUCCCGAGCGCUGCGCCGUCUUCCAGUGCGACCUGACCCGCGACGACUUGCGAGACAACAUUCCCGAGGGUAGCGUUGACGUCGCCACACUAAUUUUCGUGCUGUCCGCCAUCCAUCCCGACAAGAUGGCGCUGGCCGUGCGUAAUAUCCACAGGGCGCUGAAAACUGGCGGCGCUGUUCUCUUCCGAGACUACGGCGUUCAUGAUCAUGCGAUGCGGAGGUUCAAAGCUAGCAGCAAAUUGGCAGAAAAUUUCUACGUAAGACAGGACGGGACCAGAUCCUACUUCUUUUCCAAAGACUUUCUGGCGGCGCUAUUCUCUGAGGCGGGCUUCCGCUGCGUCGCCAACGAAUACGUACGGCGGGAGACUGUCAACAAAAAAGAAGGACUUUGCGUUCCCAGAGUUUUCUUGCAAAGCAAGUUUAUCAAACUACAAUCAUAA